AUAAAAUGCUGCUGCGCCGCUUCAGCUGACUUCAGACAUUCACUGAAGUUUCCUUGUCCGACUUUUAGUUCCUGCUGAAAAUAGCAACAUGUUCGGACGAUGUGUUGUUCUGCUGCUGUGCGCUCUCGCCGCUGUUUCCCUCGCAGCACCGCUCCAAACAAGUGCUCCAGAAGAUGACAGAAUCGCAGCUCUGAUGAAACACCUGAAUGAGGAAGCUACAGAUAAACCUAUGACCUCACAGCCAGACUCUGAUGAGACAACUGAGAUCCCAGUUGAGUCAGAUGAAGUUGACACAGACGCUGCAAUGACUGAAGCUCCAGAAUCUGCUGAAGCCUCUGAGAUUUCAGAAGAGAAAGAAGAAAGUGAUGCAUAUUCUUCUGUGGCUGAAAGUGAUGAAAGCAAAGACUCUCCUGAGAAAACUUUGGAGUCUGCUGAAUCAGACGAGAAAACAGAUUCACCUUUUCAGCCCAGUUCAGUGGAGACUCAUUGGACGCCUUACAUGAUGAAGAGCUCUGAAGGUGACGAGGAAGACAAAACACAUGACGACACUUUGAGUAAAAGUGUUUCAAAAUCAUCUGAGGAACCACCUGCUUCAGAUGAGGACACAGAACUGAAGGAAGACGCCGAGGAUGUUGGUGAUAACCCUGAAAUUUCUGAGGAGAAAGCUGAAGGUACUCCUGAUGAAGGCUUUGAUGAUGUGGCUGGAGCUCCGUCUGAAGAGCUCGACAGAAACAAGUCAGAGGAAAACUCAGAAAAUGCUUCUGAACCCAAAAGUGACGAAUUAUCAGAGGACGAACCUCAAACUGCUUCUGAAGACAAAGACAAGUCUGAGGAAAAACCUGAAGUUAAUUUUGAAAUGACCGACGUUCGGAUGCCGGAGGAGAGCACUGAUGUUGCUUCUGAUCAGGUCACCGAGUCAGACGAAGACACUAAAGAAACUGACGUCAUUGAAGAAGUUGGAGAAGUAAACGAUGAUUCAGCCUCUGCACCCACCUCCAAUAUGGAAAAGGACUUGUUUGAAGAAGAGCUUAAAGGUGAAGUGGGCGAUGAAACCACUGAUUCUAAAGAUCAGGAUGAACUGAGUGACGACGCUGAUCUGAAUGACGGUGACACUCCAGUUGAUGACGACAAGAAGGAAUCAGAUGAAGUCACUGACAAAGACCAGGGCACUGACAGCUUAGCUCAUCAAGAUGAGGUGGAGGCUACAGAUGUCACAUCAAAUGAGGAAGACCUACCGAAAGACGACGGCGACGAGAAAGAGGCUGCGCAGGACGCCCAGGCGAUAGAGGAGGAGCUGGAUGAAGUCGAGGCUGAGACUCCAGACAGCAAGGAUGAAGAUCAAACCGACAAACUGGGCGACGCAGAAACUGAUACGAACCAAACCGACAGCAAGGCAGAGAAAGACGAAGACGAGCUGGACAUGCUGGAUGAAGAGAUGUUUGAAGACGAUUCACAGACUAAGGAGCCGGACGACCCGGCUCUAGACACGCCCGACUCCACCGAAGCACAAACUUCUGACAUGGACCUACUUGAUGACUCCACUCCUGCAGCUGGGAACCAGACGCCCAGUCUCUGAACCGUGGAAGCUCUCUGAUGCCAGAACGGCGCUCCGGUGUCUCCAUGCUGAUUCACUGCUGCCAUGAUAAAAACAACAAACUAACCUGCAACUAAACUCAGCUGUCUCUUUGUUUUGUGUCUUUUUGAUUUGAGGCUGCUUAUGUUUUUCAUGAAGAGAUCUUAGAAAAUGUCUUCUGUCUCCUCCUUGUUCUUCUCUGGGGUUUCGUUUAAUUUUAGCUCAUUUUCUCACCUUUUCUGCAGAAUUAUUUUCCCAGCUGCUGAUCUUAGAUCUGCUCUGUGGGUCUGAUUUCACACAUUAAUGUGUACAUACAGUCCACCGUUUACUUUGCAAACAUUAAUGAUUAUUUUUUACAAGAAAUUGACGAAUGUCGAGUCCUUCACUGUACACAGAAAUUGGCUAAUAAAGUGUGAACCGUCAGAAACUGCCUGAAUUUUUUCUGAGAAUAAAAAGUCUGUUUUUCAUAA